AUGGCUUCAAAAACAUCAAUGCAAAAUGCACAAAUUCCACUUGGAUGUCAACUUUGUGAAAACGGCACCAAAAUUCAGUGGAAAUGUAUAAACUGCUCAUUAUUUCUGUGUAGUAAAUGUAAAGAAAAUCAUCUGAAAAUUAAAGAUGCCAAAAAUCAUACAAUAGUAGACUUUAAGGAAGUUAGGCCUGAAAAACAAUCUAAGGAAAAUUUGGAUUUUAGUGAAAUAAACUGUCAAGAACAUCAUGAUCACACUUGCAUUUUUUAUUGUAAAACUUGUGCAAAAUUUAUAUGUGUCAAGUGCAUAACUAAAGUACACAAAGGUCAUGAUGCAUCUGAUCAAGAGGAAUACAACGCGGAAAUUAACAAACUGCUAGAAAUACAGAGGGAAACAGAAAACAAACUGAAAAAGUUAGCUUUGUCUAAAACUAUCCCAAGUACAACCAAUGUACCACAAUUCGAAUCAGAGAACAGAGAAGUAAGCAAACAAAAAACAGAACCAAACAUUGAAAUCACACGACACUUUACGGUAGACUUAAGGAACAUUCAUACAGUGAUUUCUUAUUCUGAAGGUUUAUUGUGGAUAUCAGAUGCUUCAAAUAAAGUUAUUCAAAAUGUGAAACUGACAAACGAAAAUACACAGGUCUUGUCAGAGUUUAAUAUUAAUGUUUAUGACAUUGCAAUAAACUCUACUAACAAUCUACUCUUAUCAGUUGUUGGUGAAACAAGAUUGCAGCUGCGUAAUGAUGAAAAUGAAGAAAUAUCAUAUUCGGAAUAUAAUGUAGCACCACUUUUAACAUGUAGUAUACAUGUUACGAGGGAUAACAAAGUUAUCAUUGGAGCAAAAACUCAACCAAAUGAACAAAGUGCGAAAAGGAAAGUAGUGAUAGUUAUGGAUGAAAAAGGCAAUAAUAUAAAACAAUAUGAACAUGAUGAUAACAAUCAACCCUUAUUUACUUUUCCGGACAGGCUAACUAGUACCAAUAAUGGUAACAUAUGUGUAGUUGAUGAGUUGGAUGCAUCAGGUAGAGGUAGAGUGAUUGUGCUUGGACAAACAGGAAAUAUCGUACAAAUAUACACUGGCCAUCCUAAUGUAAACUCCAAGGACAGACCAUUCACACCCAUAGACAUACUUACAACACCAGCGGAUAAUUUGAUUGUUACUGACUGUAAUAAUAGUUCACUGCAUAUUCUAAAUUCUAAUGGAACUAUUAUAACAACCAUUAGCACUGCUGAUGUAGGAAUAUCAUUACCUUAUUCACUUGCAUUGUCUGUACCUGGAUUUUUCUAUAUAGGUUGUGCUACUCUUGAUAGUAGUCCACAUUUUGAAAGAGCUAAACUGUUUGAAGUGCAAUACUCGGGAUUUUAA